UCUCACUCUCACUCACUCACUGCUGCUGCAUCUCAACCAGCUGCUGUCCUCUCCAUCAUCCCCUGAUAGUUGCUUCCCCGGUUCCGCCGGCCGGGAUCGGGCGAUGGAGGCGGUGGAAGACACCAUGUUGGAGGCCGCGAUUGGGUGGCUCGCAGACACCAUCCUUGCAAACCUCCCAGCCGGCGGCAAGCUGGAUUCCUGGAUCCGCCAAGCUGGCCUCGGCAACGACAUCAGGAUGCUCAAGUCCGAGGUCGAGGCUGUGGAGAUGGUGGUCUCUGCUGUGCAAGGGAGGGCGGCCGGGAACAAGCCGCUGGCCAGAUCUCUGGCAGCCGUCAAGGAGCUGCUCUACGACGCCGACGAUGUGGCCGACGAGCUCGAGCAGCAGCACCAGCUCCAACCAGAGACACUGCUCCAAACGGAUGGACAUGGUGGAAAGCAGCAAGUUGAGAGAUCGAAAGAAAAUGCUGCCGACGUACAGAGUAGCGGUAAUAACAGGUUACGGUCCGAGCUAUGGAAUCAAUUUGAAAUCACAGCGUUUCUUGAACAAAACGGAGGGCCUUCGCCUUCCAGAGCAAGAUGCAAGCGCUGUCAAACAGAGCUUAUGUGCGAAACCAAGAAAGGGACGUCGGUUUUGCGCAAUCAUCUCAACAGCAAAGCUUGUAGCAACAAACGUCGUGGAGCAACUGACCCUUCUUCAAGCACUGCUGAUGCUACUGCGAUUCCUACGCAUGUUGCAGCUGGUAAUUUGUCUAGCAGAAAAAGGAUGAGAACCGAUCAGGAGUCAACACAGAUCACCACAGCUAACCCAAACGGUUGGAAUAAGGAUGCAUUUCCCCAAAGGAUACAAGACAUCACUAGUCAGCUGCAAGUCAAACGAGAGGCUGUCACAAAGCUUCUCAAGAUACUUGGGUCAGACUAUGGUGGUGCAAGUUCUAAUCACUGUCAUUUUACAAUCUCAGAUGCAUGCCGAAGAACAUCAGGUCUUGUUCAAAGGAAAGUCUAUGGGAGAGCUGCAGAGAAGAGAUCCAUCAAAAAGCUGAUAGAAAAAUACAAAUCAACUCAAGGUGUAACUGUUCUGCCUAUUGUAGGCAUAGGAGGAGUUGGGAAGACAGCUCUCGCUCAGCUUGUAUACAAUGAUCCAGCUUUGGAAAGUCAGUUUGAUCACAAGAUAUGGAUUUGGGUGUCUAACAACUUUGAUGAAAUGAGACUCACAAGAGAGAUGUUAGAUUACGUCUCACACGAAACACAUGAUGGCCUAUGCAGCUUUCCCAAGCUUCAGGAGGUCUUGAAGGGUCAUUUUAAAUCAAAGCGGCUUCUACUCAUAUUAGAUGAUGUCUGGGAAGACAUGGAUGAUUGCCGAUGGAAUCAAUUAUUGGCUCCUUUCAAGUCUGACAAUGCAAAGGGCAACAUGAUAAUCAUGACAACUAGAAAACCGUCCGUUGCAAAGAGUAGAGGUACAACUGGACCAAUUAACUUAAGUGCUUUGGGAAAGGACCAUUUUUGGCAAUUGUUUAAAUCAUGCGCGUUUGGUGACGAGAAUUAUGAAGCGCAGGCAAGUCUAAGUGACUUAGGACAGGCGAUAGCACAAAAGUUAAAAGGGAACCCAUUAGCAGCACAAACUGCCGGGGCACUAUUAAGAGAUCUUCUUACUGUGGAUCAUUGGAGUAACACCCUAAAGACCGAAGCUUGGAAUUCCCUGCAACUCACUGGUGGCAUCAUGUCUUGUUUAAAGCUUUCCUAUGAUGAGCUGACCUACCCUAUACGGCAAUGUUGCUCGUAUUGUUCUAUAUUCCCCUACAACUAUCGGUUUCUUGCUGAGGAGCUAGUUCGUAUUUGGAUUUCACAGGGAUUUGUGAAGCAUGAUCAUUCAAGUAGGAGUUUGGAGGAGAUUGGAUGGUUCUAUCUGACAGAUUUGGUGAACCUUGGCUUGUUUCAGCAGGUUGAAAUAAUAGAAAGACCCUCUCUUGGUAAUCAAACAUACUAUACUAUGUGUGGCCUGAUGCAUGAUUUUGCAAGGCUAGUUUCAAGAACUGAGUGUGCAACUUUGGAUGGUUUGCAAUGCAAUGAAAUUUUGCCAAAUGUACACCACUUGGCCAUAGUAACUAGUUCUGUAUAUCGGAGGAAUUGUCAGACUGUGAACAUACCUCGUAGUGAGAAGUUCGAAUUUUUCAUGCACAAUAUAGUCGCAUCGGUGAGAAAGUUGAGGACAUUGGUGUUAAUUGGGGAAUAUGACUCCUUUUUCUUCAAAGCAUUCCAGGAUGUAUUUGAGAAAGCACAUAAUCUGCGUCUGCUGCAAAUGUCUGCAACACCUGUUGAUUUUAAUUCCUUCCUAUGUAGCUUGCUAAAUCCUAGAUGUCUUCGGUAUCUAAAACUUCAGAAUGCUCAUACUGAACAGAAGGCUUCGCCUCAUUUCAUGAGCAAGUUUUUCCAUCUCCAGAUGUUUGAUGUUGAUUCCUUUAUGUCAUUGCAUACAGUUCAUCUAGAGGGUUUCGGAGGAUGGAGAAUACUUUCGUCUCCGGAAAUGCUUCCGUUUCUUAAACGGUUGAAGUUGAGCAACAUGCAUUUGGUAAGAGAAGUAUCAGUUCCGUCAUUGGAGGAGCUGGUUUUAGAUGGAAUGCCAGUUUUACAAAGAUGUUCAUGUACUUCCCUGGUGGAUAUGAAGUCAAGUUUAAGGUUGUUAGAGAUCCGCAGCUGCCCUAAACUUGAGGUGUUCGAUCUGUUUCAGGAAGGUCGUAACUACGAGAUUGAGCAUAAGUCAUGGUUGCCCAGUCUGAGGAAACUCAUUAUGUGCGAUUGUCCUCAUUUGCAAGUACAAACGCCCCUUCCGCCUUCAGCCAUAUUUUCUGAACUAUUAAUUAACAAGGUUUCAACAAUUAUGAUAAUGGAGGGAUCUUCCAUGGGAACAUUCAGAAUUAGCGGAAAUAGAAUUUCGUAUCUGGUUUUUUAUGAGCCGGUGGCACUUGAUGAUAAAAUUUUGGCAUUCCAUAAUCUUAAGGAUAUCAAAUACUUGGAAAUACUGGAGUGUGAAAAGGUAACAUCUGUUUCAUUCAAAGGUUUAUGUCAGCUCAUCUCUUUAAAUAGUUUGGAAAUAGUGGGCUGCAAAAAACUUUUCUCUUUAGAUGAUGUGCCAGAGCAGACCCAUGAAGACAUGAUAACUGCUCUCCCGGCUCUUGAAAGUCUUGAUAUUAGAGGAUGUGGAAUAACGGGGAAGUGGCUAUCUCUGAUGCUGCGACAUUCGCCAAUCCUGAAGGAGUUGAAUUUGGAUGACUGCCCGCAGUUGAAACAGUUGAAGAUAGAAGAGGUUUCGUCAUCAUGGUAUGUAGAUGAUGCAUGGCCAAGUUCAGUUGUAGACGGACUUGUGCACAUUCCGUUGAAUCUCAGAAAGAUAACAAUUCGUGAAUGCCCUCAUCUAUUUUUUGAGGAGCUAAAUGAAGAUGCCCAAGAGAAUGGAAGAUGUCUCCUCCCGCAAUCACUUGAACAACUUGUUUGGUCCGAUUAUUCCCGAGAAACUCUGCAGCCCUUCUUUGUGGGUAAUCUCACGUGUCUCAAAAAAUUAUCCGUAAUCAGCAGUAAUUUUGAAUAUUUACAGCUUGAUUCCUGUACGGUGUUGGAAGAGUUGGAAAUUAGCAACUGCGAAUGCCUCGUCGCAUUUGAGGGCAUGCAAUCACUUGGAACCCUUAGGUCUUUGGUAUUAUGUAUGAACUCAAGAUUGGAAUCACUACAGCUGCAUUCCUGCACAAGGCUGGAACAUUUGGAAAUUGGUUGGUGUAGUUCGCUCGUCACACUAGCGGGCUUGCAAUUCCUCGUGAACCUCAAGCAUUUGGAAAUACGCAAGUGCCCUGCCUUGGAUUCACUUCAGGGAAUUUCAAGUCAUAGCUUUGCGUUAUUCCCUGCACUGGAAAGUCUCGAGAUUGAUGACUUGUCUCCCCUUAACACAUCAUUCUGCAAGGGCCUCACCUGCCUCCGAAGCCUAAAGCUUUUUCCUUUGGAUGUAACGAGACUAACAGAUGAGCAAGAGAGAGCGCUUCUGCUCCUCAGGAACCUGCAAAAGCUCCGAUUUGAGAAUUGUUGCCAUCUCGUAGAUCUUCCCGCGGGGCUGCGUGGCCUCCAUUCCCUCAAGACGUUGGCGAUCAUAAAUUGUAAAGAUAUCUCAGGGCUUCCGAAGGAGGGCCUCCCACCUUUGCUUGAAGAACUGGUGAUCUGCCAUUGCAGCAUCAAGCUAUCACAAGGAUGCAGAUCGCUAGCAACAAACAAGCUAGAGGUUGAAAUUGAUGGGAACUACGUGGACUGAUCGCUGAGUAUCUUUCUAAGGUUUGGUUUCACUUCAGGAUCUCAUCCUCAUUCUCAACCUCAUGUGGUCAUGAUAAUGGUGUCUUGUAACGAUGCUGUAUUUUCAAGAAUUAAAGCAGAUUUGGUUGAGCGCUUCCAAUUUUGUCUGGGGUGGACAGCAACAACAUUUGAAAAGCCUUUAUCUUUUGGGUUCUUGUUCCAGAUUUUUCUGAGCAGAGUGUGUUCGGGGUGUACAGCAACAGAAAGUGCUGUUUGUCCUGCAAAUUUAACAGUCUGUUUAUGGAUGAUCUAUACUUGAUUUUCUGGAAAGUUCUUGAAGAUGAUUUUGAGCACCUUGAGAUGUUUGGACUCCAAUGGAAUGGUUGGGGUGUACAGUCGCAGCAGAUGGAUUUUUCUACUAGCUCAGUUUGCACAGCAAUUUUAACAGUCCGCACUGAAGGUACUACUAGCCUUCAAAAGAAUUCAGGAAUUGUUUCAGAUUUUUUUUAGAGUCAUGUGGUGUGUACAAGUACGAGAGCUAACUCUGUUCUUGUUGGCAUCAUUAUCAUUCCACUCAGGGCACUAUUCUUUAUAACUGAGAAUUCCUUCAGAAAAAAUCAAGCACUUUGUAUUAUUGGAGUCCGGUGGUGUUUCCACGGUGUGCAGGAAACAGAGGAUGCAUCCUUCCAGCUCUGUUAGUGCUGAAGUAGUGCAGUCACUGGAUGUUGAUUUUGUUGGGAUUUUUCUUAGAUCAUUUUGAGCACUUUGAUAUAUUUUUCUCAAGUCAGGCUGUGUGUUCGAGGCAUACAACAAUUCACAGUUCAUGCAAAUUCAAGUUC